GUUUCAAUCAUCGCGGGCUACUUGAACUGGGACAAUCUUGCGUCCCCUUCAUGCUUAUCUGUAAAUAGAUCUGAGCGCAGCUGCUUUUUCUGCAGGUUGGUACAACUUUCAGACCGCUUAAAAUGACAACUUAGCGCAGUUUUUUUUUCUUUAGCAAGGCUCCUGCCGUAUAUGCGCUUUCUGUUUUUGUUUGUUUUGCUUUUAGCGCCUCAGUUCUAAGUGUAGUUGCCAUCUCAACAGUUAAGUUUUGAUUAGAAACGACUGUUUAGUCUCUACAGUAACUGCUCGUACACGAUUUCUUGUCACUGAAAGAUCAACGCGAUUUAUCUGAGCAGUUUUAACAGAAGAGUAUCAGUUUUUUGGGGGUGCUGUUUGAGGGGGAAACAUGGCAGCAGCUAACAGACGAGGAAGCGCGGCUAGCGAGAAUCACAACCAGGAGAACAUGCUAACACGGCUCAGAGGCUCACUCAAACACAGAGCUGCAGCCAACGACAACCUGGAAAAUCUUCCUCCGAAGCAAGCUGCCAACAGAACCGUCCUGGGAGCCCUGCAGAACAACCACAGGAGCAAAGUCCAGAACCAGCGCGGCGUAAAGCAGGAAUCAUCGCAGCCUUUCUUCUGCAAAACUGAAGAUGUUGCAAGGAGCAACAUUGAGAAGCCACCUACCAGGCAACCUGCUUUCCAGAUCCACGUGGAUGAGCCUGAUAAAGCUCCAACCAAGGGGGCUGAAGCCAUCAAGUUGAAACCCACUGUGGAAGAAUCUCCCCUCACCAUCAGCAAUGCUGUGGCACGACUCCGCCAGCCUCUGGCCACAAUCGACAUCCCAUCAUCAAUGGAUGUUAGCUUUGAUUCUCCCAUGGACAUGUCUGUGGUUGAUGGGGACGAAAAGUCAGUCAAUGUGAACGAAGUUCCAGAAUAUGCAGCUGAAAUCCACACAUACCUUAGAGAAAUGGAGGUGAAAACCAGACCUAAAGCAGGGUACAUGAAGAAGCAGCCAGACAUCACAAACAGCAUGAGAGCCAUCCUAGUGGACUGGCUGGUUGAGGUCGGAGAAGAGUACAAGCUUCAGAAUGAGACACUCUAUCUGGCUGUCAACUACAUCGAUCGCUUCCUCUCCUCCAUGUCUGUCCUGAGGGGCAAACUUCAGCUCGUUGGGACUGCUGCCAUGCUGCUGGCUUCGAAAUUUGAAGAGAUCUACCCUCCUGAGGUGGCUGAGUUCGUUUAUAUCACAGAUGACACCUACACAAAGAAGCAAGUGUUGCGAAUGGAGCAUCUGGUGCUUAAAGUGCUCUCCUUUGAUCUGGCUGCUCCAACAAUAAGCCAGUUUCUCACACAAUACUUCUACCAUCAUGCUGUUACCAAGCAGGUGGAAAGCCUGGCCAUGUACCUUGGGGAGCUCAGCCUUGUCGACUCGGAUCCCUUCUUGAAAUACUUGCCAUCACAGAUGGCUGCUGCUGCUUACGUCCUGGCCAACAAUACGGUGACUGGCAGCUCAUGGCCAAAGUCUCUGGUAGAGAUGAGUGGUUACACCCUGGAGGAUCUUAUGCCAUGCGUUGAGGAUCUCCACCGAAUCCAUGUUGGUGCUGCACAGCAUGCCCAGCAGUCCGUCCGGGAAAAGUAUAAGGGCUCAAAAUACCUUGAAGUCUCCAGUAUCAGUCCACCAACCAAACUGAUGUUGAACUGACUUCUUCCUCUAAUGUAGAGGCAUACCUCCAGUCACUUUUAUUUUUUAUUAUUUUUUUUUUUGUAAAUGAUGUGCAACAUUUUCUAUUACGCCCUGCUCUUUUUGGAGUAGUGCUAGAUAUUUUAGAGGUUUUAAUAUUUUUUUAAUACUCUGAAUCCCAAUGUUCAUGCCACAUGUCAGUUUUUGGCUAAUCAAGAAGUUUUAAUGUGUAUUUCCAAUAAGACAAAAUGGUGAAGUUUAAAACACUGUUAAUGCUACUUUGGCCUUCAGUGUUAAAAUACUGGGCCGUGCAAUGUACCAGAACCCAGACUGUUUUUCUUUUCUAAGCAGUUGCUACAUUCUACAGUUUUCUAAGGUGUAAAGCAUUUGACCUCAUGGGAUACAGAUUAAAGUGUUUGUCUCUUAAUGAGUCAUCUCUCAUUGCAACAGUGUCUUAAAAUGGCAGCAUUUUUGUGGCAUCCUAUGACAUGUAAAAUAUGGCUCUUGUAAAUAAAACCCGUUUAAGCUAUG